GGCGGGCUUGUUAAUGGCAUCCCCGGUUCUUCAAUGGCUGCGUGGGUUAAACAGAACUUGCAAAAUCGAAUUAGUUGCAAAUUGCGUGUUCUCAUGGCCUUUUUAUAGAGGACUGUCAACUGAGAAGUUCAUGUCGUGGGUCUGCCAUAAAUAUGAGAAAGUGACAAUUUCAGCGUUUCCGUUUCUGCUCAAGAAAACAGCUAACACACGUAGAUGAACCGGGCCACCACAGGCCACCCGACCUCAGCUCGGAGCGGUGAACUGGCAUCAGAAUGACCGGGGCAUGGGAAAGAAGCCGGACCCGGAAGUGUCCGGAACGCCGUUCCCGAAGCAAAAGCGGAGGCGUCCACCGGGAAACUCAGCCCACGUCCGCGCGAGCCUGGACGCGGCUCUGCGCACGCGUGAGGGGCAGCGCUUCACGUCUGCACUGUCGCCCCGCUAGAAGGUACCUUUGGGUCUCCAUGGCGACCGGACGCGGUCGGAUGCUGUGGCCGGGAUGCUUUGGCCUUCAGGCGCUGCGCGGGUGCCUUCUCGGGGACGGCGCUGGCGCUGGCGCGGGGGCCGCUGCGGCUGCGGCAGCCGCGGGGCGCUCCGGGUUCAGAAAGGGUUCUGGGGUCAGACUUGUCAGAGGCUCAUCUGUCUUGAGGCAGUCUACGAGACAUGACCAGCCCAAUGAGAAGUCCUCCUCCAUCUGUUUUAUAUCCCUGGACAGAAUGCCCUCUGAAAUCUUGCUGAAUAUAUUUUCCUACUUGGAUGCUGUGAGCUUGCUGUGCACUGGAUGUGUGAGCAGACGCUUUUACCAUUUGGCCAGUGACAAUUUUAUUUGGAUCAAGUUCUACUCAGCUGCGUUUUCAUCAAAAAGAUCACAUUGGAAAGUUAAAACAGUGGAGGAGACAGCCAUGUCUGUGAGUGUACUGUCAGUUGAGGAUAAGGAAGUUGGGUACUGGAAGAAAGAAUAUAUUACAAAGCAGAUCUCAUCUGUGAAAGCAGCACUAGCCCACAUUCUCAAACCUGUCAACCCCUACACAGGUCUUCCAGUGAAAACCAAAGAGGCCCUCAGACUAUCUGGCCUAGGUUGGGCAAUUAUAUUAAGAGAAAAAAGUGGAAAGGAACACAUCAUGCAACAUGUUGAUCUUUCCUUAAAUGAUACGUCUGUCACUGUUGUGUGGUAUGGCAAAAAUUGGCCAUGUCUGGCCACGUUGUCCACCCUGGAUUUGUGUGGUAUGACGCCAGUUUUUAUGGACCGGUAUAAAGCCCCUGACCCAAAUGGACCACGAUGGCUGUCGUUAAUUGCAAAGUAUGAUCUGAGUCAUUUAAGCAAGUCUACCAUGGUUGGCUGUGACAGACUUGUCCGGAUAUUCUGUCUAAAUCCUGGCCUCCUGGUGGGGCUGUGGCAGAAGGAGGACGGACUGGCUUUUGUCAUGGCAAAUCUUCAUUUUCAUCGCCUUGUGGAGAGAAGCACAUUAGGCUCAGCCACUCUCCCCUAUGUGCUGCCUCCUCAUAGUCCCUUUGUGGAUGACAGCCCCGAGUAUGGACUGCAAGGCUAUCAGCUUCACAUUGACAUGCACGGCGGGGGGAUUUUCUACCUGUGCAGUACAUUUCGCAACCUCUUCUCCAGGAAAGGAUGCAUUGAGAAUGGAUAUGUGAAGUUCAUGGCGAUAAGUUUAAAAAACAAUAGAGAACACCUACCUCUUAUUGGAAAAGUUGGCCUUGCAUGGAGAACUAAUGUUUUUGACGGCUUUAUUGAGAGGUGCUGUGUAGUGGAUGUGACCCUUCUGGAUGAGCACAGGAAGCCCUUUUGGUGUGUGAGUUCUCCAGUGUGCGUGAGAUCUGCCGCCUACCCCUCUGACGGUCCUAACUUCCUGGGGCACACUUACUAUGUGGACUACAUGGACACAGAAGGAGGAGUGCAUGCAGAGCUGGUGUGGAUUGAAGAGACGGAAGAGUACUUCCUCAUCAGCCUGGCCCUUUACCUCAGCGUAGCAAAAAUAAACCAUUGGUUUGGGACAAAAUACUGAGGUUUAGCAGUAGGUGGGAAAGUCUUGUUACUAGUGAGUUGUUUGUUUUUACAACUUUGUUCUUAUUAAAAGUUAAAGUGUAUCCGUG